AUGACAUUCAUGUUCUCAAUUGCGUGGUCAUGCCAGUUGCUCCAGGAAGGCCAAGCAAGGCCUGUGGCACUUGCAAAAGGCAAAAGAUUCGCUGCUCUGGUGAGCGGCCACGUUGUCGACGCUGUACUCGGCUCAACCAUAGAUGCAUCUACAACGAAACCACCACUCAUGACCAAACUAUCCGAGACCAACGAGAACCCAGGCCUUUGGCAUUAUUACCCAGGCAACAAGAGACGCAGUUGGCUGGCACGUAAUGUCAGAUCUCACGUCCUUCUAAGCAUCUGCGCUUGGGGAGCAAAAUUCACCCUUAAGGAUCAAGGUUUCAUGAUCGAAUGGGCCAAAAAAGCCGGUAAACUAGUGUUCCAGGAGGCCGAGGAGCUCCACGAAGACAAUCUCGUCACCUUUUUCAACCUUGCCUUGUUCUGGCACAGCCAGGGCUCAUGGAGGGUCAGUUAUCUUCACAAAGGCAACGCAUGCCAGCUGAUCCACAUCAUUGGUCUCGGGCCGCCAAGAUCACGAAACGCGGGGCUACUAAGCUCGGAAAUUAGACGAAGACGAUGCUGGGCUUGCUAUCUGAUGCAUUGCUUCAGCUCAGAAAAACUGUUUCGAUUUAAUUCAAUCGCAGAUAUUCAGGCUUUGGCUUUACCAUGGCCGGAACCAGAUUUCCGACAAGGUGCCUCAAAAGCUCCCUCUUCAUACCUAAACUCAAAAGGAAACAGCAGAAGCAUCUUUGCUGAGUUGAUCCGAGGGUUGACUCUUUGGUGCGAGGUUGUCUGUGCUGUCAAAACUCCAGAAGUUGGUAUGGAUAGCAAAAUUGCUGGCAUUUGCACCAUUGAGAAUAAACUAUCGGCUUGGUGGGAGGAGGUGCAGCCAGACUUCAAGCUGGAUCCCCACGAUAUGAGAGGCGUUGAGCAGAAAGAAUUCUCUACCAUUUUGCUAACCAACCUCGUAUACCACCAGUCUCUUUGCGCUCUCCACGCCUCUAUAGUUCCUCUCUUCUGUUGGACUAAAGGCGACGGGAGUUGGCCAUCUGCUCGGCAGUUAUCUGCCCAAACUGCUUUCGAGCAUGCUGGCAUAGUCUCCGAACUCAUCAACAGUGUCCUGUCGAAAUGCACCCGGCCUAGCGCGAUGCUAAGUUUUGUUGCUUACGCGGCAUAUUGUAGCUGCGCAAUCCAUAUCCCAUUCUUGUGGUGCUCUGAACCAACCAUCAGAGAGAGGGCCUACGCCAAUGUUGGGGCGAACGUCAGGAUGAUGAAGGCCAUGAGCCCAUAUUGGAAACUUGCCUCACUGCUGGAAAUAUACGCCCGGUGCCUGUAUGAUAUCCACCAGCGAAACCCGCCCGUCGUCAGUAAUGAGCCCAAGCAUGCCGAUAUAUCCGAGUUUACCAACUUCAAGGCCGACGCCUCCCUCACUAGGUCCUCUAUCUUGGAGUUCACUGGAGUUUUGCGGUCGAGUGAGGGUGGGUACAUACGGCAGGGAGAGGAAAGUAAUACGCUCAGGGUCGAGAGUGAUGAUGUGGGCGGUGGACCAUCAUCCACGCAGUUCUUGGCGACAGAACCGUUGGCCCACGCGAUAGCAAAAAGCACCGAAGAAACGGAGGCCGAUUUGCGACUAUCCUCAGACACAACCAAUUGGAGGAGUUUGGAUUUCAUGAAGCCAAAAAGCCCUGGUCUUCAACAAGAAGCAACUCAACCGAACGGACUGCAAAACCUGGCGGAGCACCAGCAACUCGAUGCAGUUGCCAGCGUAUGGCCGACUCUGGAUGUGUUCAACUCUUUGUUCGACGCUGAAAUGACCAAUUUCUUUCCCGACACUAUGAGCAUUGACCCUUCGCUUCUGGACACGGAACCGUUGACUUGGGACUUUUUGGACAUGCCAGGAGGGGGGACUGAUGUGUAACUGGACAAAUCGUACAGGGGCCGAAGAUGAAGCCGAAGGCAUCUAAAAAUACGAGAUGGAAACUGAAAUUGUUAGUUCUUUUGGGUUCUUAAAUGGAACCACGCGUCAUCAAUCUCUGAACGAUCUUCAAG